AUGGCGUUCGACCCUCACAAUGUCGACCUCGCAACAGCCGACCCAACAGAGAUAGUCUGCUACCUCGAUGCCUCGAGCAAUGAAUACAAUGGCCAGCUCGGCGCGCGUAUCUCUGCCAUCUUCGUUAUCGGAAUUGUCUCCUCCAUCGCAACAUUCUUCCCCGUCGUAGCUCAACGGGCUCCCCGUCUCCGCAUUCCACUCUACGUUUACCUUUUCGCCAAGUACUUCGGUGCAGGUGUUAUUAUCGCGACAGCUUUCAUCCAUCUGCUCGACCCUGCUUACUCUGAAAUCGGUCCGCAAAGCUGCGUGGGCAUGACAGGUCACUGGGCUGAUUACUCCUGGUGCCCGGCCAUCGUCCUUACCUCGCUGAUGCUCAUCUUCCUCAUGGACUUCGGUGCUGAGCGCUACGUCGAGAAGAAGUACGGUCUCUGCCGCGAUGAUCCCGAGCCUAUCAUGGCUACUGGCGUGGAGGCCCAGCAAGACCCGCCGCGCCGUCACUCUGCCCACCGCCACUCUCUUGAUCGUCCCCGUUCGGACGAUAAGGACAACAAGCACAUGAAGGAGCUAGAGUCGCAAUCUGAUAUCGCGGAAUCGACUAUCGAGCGCUCAUUCAGACAGCAGAUCGCCGCUUUCCUGAUCCUGGAGUUCGGUGUCAUCUUCCACUCCGUUAUUAUCGGCCUGAACCUUGGUGUUGCCGGUGAUGAGUUCGCAACUCUUUACCCUGUCCUUGUCUUCCACCAGUCUUUCGAGGGUCUCGGUAUCGGUGCUAGAAUGUCUUCUAUCCCCUUCAAGAAGGGUAGCUGGCUUCCCUGGUUCCUGUGCUCAGCCUACGGUCUUACAACACCCAUCUCCAUCGCCAUCGGACUCGGUGUGCGUACAACCUACAACUCUGGCUCGUUCACCGCAAACGUGAUCUCGGGUGUCCUUGAUUCCGUUUCGGCUGGUAUCCUGAUCUACACUGGUCUCGUUGAGCUACUUGCUCGUGACUUCUUGUUCGAUCCCCACCGUACUCAGGAUGAUAAGCGUCUUACCUUUAUGGUCUGCUCGUUGUUCCUCGGUGCAGGAAUCAUGGCUUUGCUCGGAAAGUGGGCUUAA